AUUAAAAUGACAAAUCAUAAAAAGCUCGUAAUGAUAUAAAAACUUCAUACUGAUAUGGCAACUGUGCAGCAUGCUAACUUUAUCCAGUAUGGCAGAAGAAUGGGGAAAUCUAAACAAACAAUUGAAGAAAGUGAACAAAUAUCAGAUGAUGUUGCAGAACAUGUUCCCCAUGGAAUGAGGCUUCCCGAUGGAUCAGAUUUAAGACAGGUUACUGUACUUCCACAGAGAGAAUGGAAUCGGAUCCAAAACAACCUGGAUUCAAGAGCUAAGGAACUGGAACGUGUUAGAGAGGCGAAACGACAGCAGGAAGAAUUACAUGCUGAGUCUUUGAAUGUGGUGAAAAAUUGGUCGAAUACAAUUGCUGGUCAAAGACAAAAGAAACUUGAAGCAAGAAAAGUCCGUGAAGCCAAGGAGGAAGAGGAACGUGUUAAGAUCGAUAUUGAGGAAGCAAAAUUUCAGGCAAAACGAAGACAAGUGGCGAUCGAAAAAGCAAAAACUUUGCAAUAUUUUCAAACAGACAGAGUGAAAUCAUUUCAUGGAGCUCUUCUUUUAACGGAAGUUUUGAAAGAAAGAGAUGCUCAGGUUGAACUUAAGAAACAGAAAAUUGCGAAUGAAAAAGGAAAAGACACUGAGCUAUUAAAAUAUUACAGGCUGCAGUAUGAAAACGGCAUUCGCAGAGAUCAAGAAAAAGCACGUGAACGAUAUGAUAUGCGAAGAAAAGUAGCAGAAUACCAAUUAUCUCAAGCUAAAGAGCAUUAUGAUGCACAACACAAAUGUAAAGAGCAGGACAAGAAAGAGGGUGAGGAAUUGAAAAAACUUGCGAAGUUGAAUGAAUGGGAACAACAGAAAUUGGAUGAAGUUAGAAGAGAAGAAAAAAGAAAAAUAAUGGAGUCACAUAAAGAUCACAUAUCUAAUCGAGAUGCAAUACGAGCUCUGGAGUUACAACAAGAUGAAGAAGAAGAUGAGGAAAUUCGAAUGUUUGCAAAUGCCAAGAAGAAGAUGCUCAAACUGCGCAAGCAAAAAGAGAAAGAACUUUUUACUCAACAACAAAAUCAAAGAGAUCGCAUGGUUGAACUUCUCGGACAUCAGUUGAAACAAAAAGUUGAUGAUGAAGAUUCACGAAUUGCAAAGGCAGAGAAAUUGAAGGAGGAAAAAUUAACAAAAGAAAUAAAAGCAAAAGAAGAUAAAUUGAAAAAAGAUCUAGCGAGCAUUGCCGAACAUAGAUUGGAGCAACUUGCUUUGAAAGAGAAACAAGAGAAAGAAGAACAUAACAAAAACUUGGAACUUUUGGAAAUGAAAAUGGAAGCAGAUAGAGUCUUUGCAGAAAAACAGAGCGAGUGGCGAAAAUCUGAAAGAGAGAGAUUGCAAAAACUUCAAAACUUCCACAUUGCACAGAUCAAUGAACUUGCAGAGAAGGAAAGAUUUAAACGACAAGAAGAUCUAGAACAUGAUCACAAAAUUGUUGAUUUGCUAAAGAUAGAAGAAGAUCAAUUUCAACAAUAUGCUGGGAAGGUAAUUAAAGAAGCCAGUGAGCAGAAAUGCAACACGUAUCCUCUUGUAAAGGCAGCAAGUGCUGGUGCGGGAGGGGGAAGAGGCCCCAGUUUCCUUGGCAAAGGGGGUGUACGACCAAGCUAUCCAGUAUCUGAUUCCACUGGUGUUCAGCUUCCCAAAUAUCAAAGAGAAACAACUGAAAGUGUCAAAUCUCAAUAUGAAGUGAAAGAUCCUGUUCGUGCCAAAAAACGUCUUGGAUUUGUAUGGUGAUCCCACUCAUUUUAGAUGUUCUGUUAUAUAUAUUUUUUUCAAACAUGCUAACGCACAUUUUGUUAUAUUCUUUGUUAUAAUUUAAAUACUGCUUCAUCAAUCACUGUUUAUUGAUGCGUCAAGCUUUAAAACUAAUGCAUCAGUAUCCAAUGAUUAAGUUAGUUCAAUGUAAUCUAGUUAACAUUCCGCCACUUUCCGAGUGUACGCAACGACAAUGUACUACUCUUGAAGAUUUAAAACUAUAAAAAUUGGUAUAGGAAUUGGAAUAAAAUGUAUAUUUAUCACA